GCGGACACCCGGCUGACAGUCCACUCCAGGUCUGCGAGCGGGCUCCAGAUGAGUGCGCACAUUUGGGGCAGUCACUUGCGACGGCACAAGCAAACAAAAUGAAUCCUGACGGAGACACGAUAUCAGUGAUCGAGAACACGGCGGCCGUCGGCCAUCCGAUCCGCUCGGAGGAGGCAUCGGUCGUGCAACAAAGCGAGGGAGCGCAGAACUGCUUUAAAAGGUUUCAGACCCCAUGGCACACUCACAGGCUGCUGAGGAUGCUCGCUGCCGUGUGUGUACUUGGACUCCUGGGUGCUUUGGCUGUCAGUGUCUGGAUUUUAGUCAAGUUCCUUUUGAGGCCGUCGUCCUCUCACCAUUUGGUAGGACUUGGGGACACAAAGGACACGCCGUUCUGCAACGUGACGGAAGACGCUUCCAUUUCCGACCCCAGGAAAGUGUUUUACAGGAUCAGCCCAGAGAACUCCCUGCUGGAGAUCCAGCUCGGAAAGCUGCUCAACUGGUUGCCAGUGUGCUACGAAAGAUGGAACUCUUCGCUGGGAACGCUGGUCUGCAGGCAGCUGGGUUAUCUGAGACUGACCAAGCAGAAAGGAGUGAAUCUGACUGACAUUGGGCCAAACUAUACUGAUGGCUUUUUACAGAUCACCUCAGACAACAGGGGCACUCUGGAAAACAUGUGGCAAUUCAGGCAGAGGUGCAUCACUAAUAAGGUUAUCGCUUUACAAUGUUUUGAGUGCGGAACACGAGCAAAGCUGCCCAGGAUAAUCGGGGGAGUGGAGGCCUCGCUGGGCAGGUGGCCCUGGCAGGUUAGCCUCUACUACGGCAACAGACACACCUGCGGCGGCUCCAUCAUCACCAGCCAAUGGAUAGUCACAGCUGCUCAUUGUGUGCAGAACUACAGGCUGCCUCAGGUAUCCAGCUGGGCAGCCUACACGGGUCUCGUGACGCACUCGGCUAAAAUGACGGAACACGUGAGGCACGCCGUGGAGAAGAUCGUCUACAACGAGAACUACAAACACGUGAGCCACGAUAGCGACAUCGCCUUAAUGAAACUACGGACACCGCUUAAUUUCUCAGACAUAGUUAGGCCUGUUUGUUUGCCCCAAUACGACUACGAUGUACCUGGAGGUACACUGUGCUGGAUCUCCGGCUGGGGUUACACACAACCUGAUGGUGGUACGAAAGACACCGCUCUCAAAACCAAACAAAUUUGUGUUCCGAGUGUACUGACAGAGCAUCCGUGGGACCUUUUCUCUCCCUUAGUCAACUCAUCCAACACCCUAAAAGAGGCCCCCAUUCCCAUAAUAAGCACCAACAAGUGCAACAGCUCCUGCAUGUACAACGGCGAGAUCACACCGAGGAUGCUCUGUGCCGGAUACACGGAGGGCAAAGUGGACGCCUGUCAGGGGGACAGUGGCGGUCCUUUGGUGUGCCAGGAUGACAACGUGUGGAGAUUGAUGGGGGUUGUCAGCUGGGGGAAUGGCUGCGCUGAGCCCAACCACCCCGGAGUCUACACCAAAGUGGCCGAAUUUCUCGGCUGGAUCUAUGAGAUUAUGGAGAAUUACUGAGUCAAGGGAGGCCCCCAGCAGUUCAGAGCUCUUCCUCCAUUUUUACAACACAUGUUGAAUGUGAACGUAAAAUUCAGUCUAAAAGCAUUAAGCAUUGUUAUGUUGUAUUUUUUUAAUGUACCGAAUAAAGUACUGUAUCUUCUAAUUGUCAGUUGUUUGAAAUGUUGUCUUCAUAAAUGUCGAUGUAUGAAACUAAAGCCUACAUUUUCUAAUUGGCUUAAUGGUUUACAAUGAUCAAUCAAAUCUCGGAGAAUGAUUAAGAGUACAAAAGCCCUAAAUUGACAUCCUUGUUAAAAACAUUUAAAAUGAUUUAGGUAGUCCUUAGGUAGACACAGACUCUGGAACAACUUGCACCAGUCCCUUGGUGAUCUUGACUGCGUUGAAACUUAAAAAAAAAAAUUGCAAACUUCUCUUUUUAGUAAAGCUUUUGGUCAAUGCACCUUUUAACUAUCAUUUUUUAUCCCCUUUGUAUCUUUUUUAUGAUGUUGCCCCUGUUUUAAAUGGAAUUGUUUUACUUCACCUAUGCUUUGUGAUUUUAUCUGUGAAAAGCGCUUAAUAAACGUA